AAGAGUUUCAAUACUGUGUCUUAAGUACUGCUUUAUUAUAUAAUCACUUCAGCCUUUGAGUGUAUUGGAGAAGUAUUUGAUUUGCCGUUGGCCGAGACACGGCUUAACUGUCUCAAUGGGUCUGUGUGAUAGAUGCUGUGUCAUGCCGGUGAGCUGUGAUCCUAGAACAUUCUGCUUGAUCGCAGGCACACAAGAUCACAGACGCCAAUAAAGCACCAUUUUCCUCUGCCUCACCACUAAUUUUUAUUUUAUUUUAUUUCCAACAGGAUAUAGACCAACCACUACACCAGGCUUGAUUUAUCUGUGGACAACCUGCUGUAAAUGCCUCCCCCACCCCUGACACCCGCACGUAGCCAAGAUGGAAAGCUACGUUGUCAAUAGAAUGGGACCUGACGAAUAGCUGCUUCUUGAUGAAGAUGUUGCUUGGAUACGUGUUUAAGUCCAUGUGGGAAUACUUGCCACGCAAAGAGGCUUUGAGAUUUUUGACAGCUUCACUCUCGAAACGUCUGGCAUCUUGGGUUUGAUCCUUUCUUUCGUGCAGGUGGAUAUAAACUAGUAGCGGGACUAGAGUGAAGAGGAUUGAACAUGCCCUUUCAACAACCAAACCGCCUGGGCGGCAUCUGGCGGUCCAUGUGUCCGCGGCUAGGCCUCAGCGCUAGCCUGGAUCUCCCAUUCUUGUGUUGGAUAUUAGGCGUGACCCUGCACGCCCAGCUGGCUGCCUCGCAAAAACUAGACGAAACGGACCCCGUUGUCACUACAACUUAUGGCAAACUGCGGGGAUUCAAAAAAGAACUCAACAAUGAGAUCCUUGGGCCCGUCAUCCAGUUCCUGGGUGUCCCCUAUGCAGCACCUCCAACAGGCGAAAGGCGCUUCCAGCCGCCCGAGCCACCUAUUUCAUGGUCAGAUAUUCGUAACGCAACUCAGUUUAGCCCCGUUUGUCCCCAAACCCUGCUGGAGGGCAGGCUACCGGACGUUAUGCUGCCGGUUUGGUUCACCAAUGGCAUUGAAGUUGUGUCAUCCUACGUACAGGACCAGAGCGAAGACUGCUUAUUCUUAAACAUAUACGUGCCAACGGAGGAUGUAAAAAGAAUAUCCAAGGAAUGUGCCAGAAAACCCGGCAAGAAAAUUUGUAGAAAAGGAGGUCCUCUUUCAAAGAAACAGAAUGAUGAUUUAGCUGAUAAUGACGGUGCUGAGGAUGAAGACAUUCGUGAAAGCGGGAGCCCCCAAACCUGUGAUGGUUUUCAUACAUGGAGGAUCGUACAUGGAAGGAACAGCAAAUAUGUUCGAUGGAAGCAUCUUGGCCAGUUACGGCAACGUCAUUGUCAUAACCGUGAACUAUCGGCUUGGUGUGCUCG